AUGCGCAGCCUUGAUGUGAGGCAGAACGCACAGCUACCGCGCCUCUGCGACGCGGCGGCCGCGGGCGUGGACGUCAUCUACGUAGCGCCGUUCCCGCUGCACGACGAUGUGGUCGGCUACUUUCGCAAGGUGCUCGAGAUCGGCGGCGUUGAGUCGCCCGAGCAACGCUUCAAAGUGGUCGUGCCCGAGAAUUACCACCGCGUCGUUGGGCCAGAAGAUAUGCGGCUGUCGCAGGCGCUAAGGAUGCCAUUGUUUGGGCCGGAGCCACGACUCGCGCGCGCGUUUGGGUCCAAGUCGGGGGCGCGACGUAUCUUUCAAGCGGCGCGGGUCAACGUACCGCCCGGUGCGCAUGACGUCUACGACGAGCCGUCAUUAUUGGCGCGGUUGGCCGCUCUCAUUGCCGCCCACCCGGCGCGAGACGUGCCCCGCUGGCUGGUAAAGCUGGACGACGAGUCGGGCGGGCGCGGGAUUGCCCACGUAGACGCAGCGCACGGCGGCGAGGGCGGCGAAGAGGGAGAAGACGCCAGCCAGGCGCGUUUGGAUGCCGAAUUGCGUCAAGAGCUAGCCGAGCUCCUGCCAUUCCGGGCCGUGGUCAGCGCUCCGUGGCUAUACCGCUCAUGGGCCGAGUUCGUUGUGGCGCUCGGGCGCACUGGUGGCGUCAUCGAGGCGCUGCCACCGAAGGCAGGAUGGCGGAUACGUAAAGCUUCAGUUCAGAAGGCGCUUGUGUCGUCACCCUCGUGCAAUCUUCUCAUCGAGCCAGACGGGGCUCUCUCCCUCACCUCGACCCACGACCAAGUCCUCUCGCGCUAUUCGUUCGUCGGCGGCGCCUUUCCGCAGGCGGCGGUGCCUGCCGGCGCGAUUUGCGAGGCGGCACUGGCCAUUGCGCUCGCGUGCCGCGACGCCGGCAUCAUUGGCCAUGUCGGUGUUGACUUUGUUGCUUUCACCGGCGCCGAGGGGAUGCUUCGGUUGUGGGCCGUCGACCUCAAUCUCCGCCUCACGCCCACCGCCCUCUCGUUCUCUUUCUUUGACUUUCUGGUGGGCGGCGCCUUUGACGCGGCGACGGGUGAGUACCGCGGCGGGCCAAGUGGCGAGAAUGGGCAGACCACACGCACUUAUGUCAUGAGCAACGCUUUCUACCACGCGCAACUGCCCUCGGUUCGCCCCUCGACAUUCUUCAGCGCAUGCCGUCAUCGGGGCGCCUCCUUCGACCUCGUGGCGCGAACGGGCACAACUCGUUUCCAUGCAUUCCUCCUCGCGGGCCCGUUCUGCUCUCACAAUCUUGGCAUCACCUCGGCUGUAGGCACCGUCUUCAACCUGGUGGACUCGUUCUCGGGCGGCGUGCUCGGCAUGCUCACUGUGGGUCCUUCUCGGCUCGACGCCCUGCGCAGGUUCGCCGAUGGGCUCGCGCUCAUCCAGCAGCAGGUGGGGCCGGCGGUAGCGCGGCACGAUGCGAGCGAACAGGCCCUGCACGACCUCACGUUCCAGGACGUCAUUCAGGCAGUGCGCUCGUUGGCCACGCUUGCCCCAUCCGACAUCUUGCCUGCACCAGCCGAGCACAAAAAGGGCGAGAGGCGGGCUCUCGUGGACGCCGAGCAGGUGAAUGAGUUGUAG